GCCUCGGCGCGCUCUGGAGCCUGGCGGUGUUGCUGAGCUGCAGCGGCGCCGUGGAACGGAGCGCCCCUCCGCCCCACCUGGAAGGGGCGCUGCAGCCGAGCCUCGCCCCCCCGGGGACCACCGCCGCCCCGGCCACUGGAGGCCUGGAGCGACGGGGCGCCAAUCUGUCGCGCCCGGGUGCGCCCGGCUCGGCCCUUUCCCGCCCGUACCCGAUGUGCCCCCGCCGGCCGGAGAUCAAGGAGUCGUUCAAGUACGUCAACACGCUGGUGGCCUGCGUGGUCUUCGGGCUGGGCAUCAUCGGCAACUCCACGCUGCUGGGGAUCAUCUACAAGAACAAGUGCAUGAGGAACGGGCCCAACAUCCUCAUCGCCAGCCUGGCCCUGGGGGACCUCCUCCACAUCCUCAUCGAUAUCCCCAUCAACUUGUACAGGCUCCAUUCUGGAGGAAACUGGCCUUUUGGAGUAGAACUAUGUAAACUGGUCCCCUUCAUUCAAAAGACAUCAGUGGGCAUCACGGUGUUAAGUUUAUGUGCUCUCAGUAUUGACAGGUAUCGGGCAGUAGCUUCCUGGAGCCGUAUCAAAGGAAUUGGAGUGCCCAAGUGGACAGCUGUAGAAAUCGUAUUGAUCUGGACCGUGUCUCUCGUCUUAGCCGUUCCUGAAGCGAUAGGUUUUGAUAUGAUUGCUAUAGAAUACAGAGGAGAGAAAAUUCGAUCUUGCCUACUAAAUCCCCAGCAAAAAACACCUUUCAUGCAGCUCUACAAGGAAGCUAAAGAUUGGUGGCUGUUCAGCUUUUAUUUCUGUUUGCCACUGGCAACCACUGCCCUCUUCUAUACCUUGAUGACCUGUGAGAUGCUAAGAAAGAAGAGUGGGAUGCAGAUUGCUUUGAAUGACCACUUAAAACAGAGACGGGAAGUGGCCAAAACUGUGUUCUGCUUAGUGCUUGUUUUCGCAUUGUGCUGGCUCCCCCUUCACCUUAGUAGAAUACUGAAGCUCACCAUCUACAAUGACAGUGACCCCAAUAGAUGUGAAUUCUUGAGCUUUUUGCUGGUCAUGGACUACAUUGGCAUUAACAUGGCAUCUCUGAAUUCGUGCAUUAAUCCCAUCGCUCUCUAUUUUGUAAGCAAAAGAUUCAAGAACUGCUUUAAGUUGUGCCUGUGUUGUUGGUGUCAGUCCAAAGAUAUGCUGUCCUUGGAAGAGAAACAGUCCUGCCUGAAGUUCAGAGCUAAUGAUCACGGAUAUGACAAUUUCCGCUCCAGUAACAAGUACAGCUCAUCUUAAACGAGGUGGCGUUACCCUCAGCUCUUGUACGCUGUUUCCAGGGCCUUCCUUUGAGUGGGGGUGACAAGGACUGUUAAGAAAAAAAACACUUGGGUCUCUAAAACCCAUACAUUUGGCAUUUGCAUCGCAAUGCAAAUGGGUUUUUACCGCUCAUAAUCGUGCAUGGUGUCUGUAACUGUUGGAGAAACAAAAAAGCCCCUUGUUAGAGCACUUAAAUUCUUCAGAAAUGAGCACUUCCAGAUCAUCCACAAAUAAAUUAAAUUACUGUGUAUUCAUUGGAGCAGCCCUGGAAGGCUGCGUAAUAAUUUUUCGUAUAUAGCAUAGCAUGAUUGUUGGCAGAACAGAGCCAGCAUUGUCUAUAAAUCACCGUAUCCUCUUUUUUUAGUGUAAAAAUACACAGACAAGUACGUCCAUC